AUGAACAACUACAUCUUUAUGCAAUACAAAAAACUAGAUAGCGAUGAAGAACUAAUUCUGGACAGCCCAAUCUCACCCGACCGACAAAGGUGUCAAAUGGCCUGCGUAUUCUGUCGUCGGAGAAAGAUCAAAUGUGACGGUAUCAACCCAAGAAGCUGUGCUAACUGCAUAAGACAUAGCGAGGAGUGUAAAUACGAGCCAAUUAAAAAAGACACGGAAGGCGGACCAAACAGCGACAAGUCUCACAGUCCAACCUCUACUCCACCGUCUAAUUCAAGUGCAAACGCAUCUGUCCCAAAAAGACGACGCAUACAGCCUUCUUGCCAGAGAGAACAACAGAUGGAAGCACAAGGCAUAGUGUAUCACAAUGAUGGAGAUAUAACCGCCGACGACGCUAGAAAGUGUCAAAAACGUCGCAUAAUCAGCGAACAUGCGGAACAUUCUAUUCCGGUAUCCAAUUAUGUGGAUACUCAGCAGGAUUUCGAAGUCGGAUACGAUAACAGCGAGCUCUUGGAAAAAUACUGGAUUUAUGUGCAUCCACAAAUUCCAAUUCUGGACAAAGAAUUCGUGCUCGAACAGCUCAAAAACCCGUCAAAUCCAUCAUCGCAGUCACUACAUGAAGCUAUAUAUGCGAUUUCUGCCCUUCUUUCGGAAAACACCGAUGUCGAUUCGCAACACUUUAAGAGCGUAAUGAUGAUUCUUGGUUCUUGUUUGCGAAUGUGGUCGUUAUCUAAUCGCGACCACGUGACUUUGCCACUAGAAGACUAUAGUCAAGAUUCUCAAUUAUUUUCAGAACAGUCAUCGCCCCAUAGCCAAAAUUAUUCCGAUGCGACAGAAAAUGACGAUAUAAUGGGUAUGCCUGUCACUUUUAACGACUUUUCAGAGUGUGAUUAUGCGAGUUAUCAAUCGCCACCUAGUGACUUUGGUACCGAUACCCAAUUUAUCGGCAAUGAGCAACAAGUUAAUGGCAUAUCUCUUAACGCUCAGUAUCCUACUCCAACAUCUCCAAAUACGCCUACAGAAUGGCAUUCUUCGAAUACUUUGUGCGUUUAUGAGCCCCCCUGGCCAGUCUUGGGAUCGUCGGAAGGCGCCAAUCUUCUUUGUGACUUAUUUUCUCCUACGACAUCACCAUUGGCAUCUCCUCCAUGCGACAAAGAGAAUAGCAAUGGAGAAAGAUUCGAAGAUUUGCUCAGAUUAAGUGUUCCUUUAUAA